UCCUGGUGCCCAGCGCCGGCACCGGGCGGAGGCGGCGGCGCCACCGGGGACCGGGGAACCCCGAGGAGGGGGCGCAGGGGGUUCAUCCCCGGGGGUCGGAGCUCGAGGGAUCCCGCGGGGGGGUCCCCAGGGAGCCCCAAUGGAGGCACCGGAGCUCCCGGAGCCGGACGGGCUCUUCCCGGAUCCCGCCUCGCUCCCGGUGCCGGUGCUGAGCUUCCAGACCUUGACGCUCCCGGAGGAUGAUGGCAGCGGAGCCGAGGAGCUGCUGGGGCUGACGGUGAACCCCGACAUCGCCUGCGGCCUCGGCACCGGCCCGGAGCCCCCCCGGCCCGAGGGGACCCCCCCGGUGCUGCUAGAGGUGGUCUGCGACCUCAGCACGCCCCUGCUCCCCUCGCUGCUCCCCGGCAUCCAGCUGGCCCCGACCCAGGUGCGUGCGGGGACACGGGGUUCGGGGGGACCGGGGGGGGACAGCAGUGACCCCUCCGUGCUCCAGGCCGAGGAGCGGCUCCUAAAAAAGGUGCGGAGAAAGAUCCGGAACAAGCAGUCGGCGCAGGACAGCCGGCGGAGGAAGAAGGAAUACCUGGACGAGCUGGAGAGCAGGGCGGCUGCGUGCUCGGCACUGAACCAGGAGCUGCGGAAAAAGGUCCAGGAGCUGGAGACGAGCAACGGGUCUCUCCUGCGGCAGCUCCAGGCGCUGAUCAAGGAAACGUCCGGCAAGCCCGCGCAGACCGGCACCUGUGUCCUGAUCCUCUUCCUGUCGCUGGGGCUGAUCCUGCUCCCCAGCUCCAGCCCGUUCCGCCGGGGCGGCAGCCGGGACGGCCUCGGACCCACCGGAGUGAUCUCCAGGAACAUCCUGGCGCGGCGGGAGCCGGGAGCGGCCGCAGAAUCCCCGUUCCCCCGGUGGAUACCGGGGCCAGAGCCGGGAGCCGGGGUGGAGGACGGAGCCGGGGGGGGGCCCGGGGAUGGGAUUCCCACCCCCCCCAGGGAUCCAGGCAGCAAUUCCUCCAGGCAGGACAUGGGGACAGGGACACGGGGACAUGGGGAUGAGAUGUGAGGGGGGGUCCUCAGGGUGGGAAUAAAU